AUGGAAACACUAUCCCUCCCCCUCGGUUUCGUUUGGGCUCCAUUCGGUCCGGCCGUAUCCAUUCCUCGCUUGUCUCGCCUCCCGAGUCGAUGCGGAACUUGUGGUUCCUUCCUCGCGCCUGCGAAUGGCGCGGAACUGGUCAGGAGCGGGCAACGGUCCUGGACAUGUGUUUUCUGCGGUCGAGAUGAUAACGACAGCGGCGAAAUUGCUGCGCAGCAUAGCGAAGACAAGAUCACCUUACCGGAGCUGACUGUCGAUUUUGUCGAGUACGUACACCCUGAUGGUGCUGCACGAUCACCGAGUGGACGUGGUGCUGUAGUUCUUAUCGUUGAUGAAAACUUAGACCCCGAAGAGGUUAGCUGGUCCCGCGCUGCGGCUGCCUCUGUUCAUGCCUCGGCUACCGCGAACGGCUCGCGUUUCGCAUUAUUGACGAUUGGUGCCGGCUGUUCAGCCGCUGUUCACUACAAGAAACAUGACGAAACUGUUCCAGCCCUAGAGAUGCUGAGUCAGCGACAAGCUGAGAGGCUUCAUCCCGAAGAAAAAGAAAAGUUUUUUUGGCCUCCUCCGGGUAAAGAAUCGUCUGGUCAGUCAAGCAUUGUGGACGACAAUGCUUCCGCGAGCCCGUAUACAAACGUAUUUAUUCGACCUCGGUCUCUGCCGAUGCAUGAGAGGGAGCAAGUUGAAGACGGGGAGCAUAUCGAGGAAACUGACGAUGUCCCUCUGAGGCAAAAAACACGCGUUGCAUCAGAGGAAGAAUUACGGAGGCUGGACAUUGCCAUAAACGUCGCUUUUGAAUUUAUCUCUGGCAUGGCCGACGCUGAGAAUUCUCGUAUCUUGUGCCUGCUGACUGGACCACCCACCCUUCCUCCUUUGCCUAUUGUCGAAACUCGAGCGACAGGCCUGUUCGGAAAGGCCAGCCCAGACGCCGAGUCUGAAGGAGCAGUACUUUCGCGUUUGUAUGACCAUAUUGGUACAAAGGCGGGUGACUUACGAGUCGCCCUCGACUUUUUGUGUUUUGGAGCUCCGCAAGGGUUUGCAGGUACAAUGCUUCUGGCGGCUGCAAAACGGUCACGAGGUGGAUUGGUAUACGCUGCAUCACACAGCUUUUCUACCGCCGCAGCAUUCGCCGAAGCGGCGACAUUUCUUUCGCAAAGGCCAACAAGGCCCGGAGUUGUGGCGAUACGUGUCUCUUCUCCUUUGGCAGUAGCACGGGUGAUAGGGCCUGCGUUUCCGACCGCUGCACCGCAGACAUACGCAAUUCCAGGUGUUGACCCGACGGCAGGGUUUACUGUUAUUCUAAAACCGAAGCAGGGGAUUGAAGAGCAGUCUGACUUGCCGGCCCAUGCUGUAGUGCAGCUGGCAGCAAAGUCGCUGGAGUCAACGAGAGUUGUGACUGUGCGGAUACCCUUGACCACUUCGAUUCCGCAUUAUUUGAAGAACAUCGAUGUUGAGAUAUGUGCUCUUAUCCUUGGCAAGGCUUGCGUGGUAUCGGGUGGGGCUUUGUUCCAUCCGCACAUUGCGGCGAGGUCGAUCGAUGUGUCUGUACGACGGCUACUUCGUGGAUCGGAAGCCUCGGCUGGCGUUGUGCGGCUUUUGUACGAGUUGAGGAGAGGCCUGCUAAUUGAGCGACAAGUUGAUCCAGAUUGCUCCCUUAUCCUUCGAUCGUUUUUUUUGAGGGCCGAAUGUUCAAUAGCCUCCUUGCUAAUGUCCCCGCGCUUUUUCACGAAUGCAAUGUCGGCUGAGGGAGGUGGACUCAUGACGGAGGUACCCCUUCAGAAGUCAUACGUUACAAAGGACGCCGUACUCGUCUUGGACACUGGGUUUAAUGUAUUUGUAUAUGUGGGAGAAGAAGCCUCCCCUCAGGUAGAGGAAGCCAUUUCGGAGUCUGCGCGUUCUGUGGCAACACAAAGAAUAGCCCCAUGCCAGUUGUGGAAGCUACGCCCAGGGCAUGAUGCAGAUUAUUUGCUCGAGUCAUACCUCUCACCAACGGACCCAGUCAAGAGUAUAGGCUCCAGUAUAGGCUCUGCAACGCCCACAGAGCAGGGAUUUAUUCAAUAUUGCAAAUCGCUCGCUCCCGAUUCUAUCACCGUGCGGUUAUUGCAGAGCGCGUAG